CACGCACGUUACGUAAUCCCAUUCCCAGGCGCAGCCCUCUCCCUGCAAGUCCUACCGCUCCGCGGCCGCAGGUGCGGGGUGGUUGACGGCCGCUUACCCGCACCGGCGCCAUGCGCGCGCGCUAGGUGGUCGAGGUCAAGCCAAACGCUGCCCACCGCCUCUGCCUCCCAUAACCCAUAUAACCCUCGUCCACGUCCUUUGCUCGACUCGCAAAAACUUGCUUCCUUCGACGGCCGCAUCAGUCCUCCACGUACGUCCCGGCACGUCGAUCACGGCAAAAGCUAGCCAGCGCACAGGACCUGCGGAGGAGCUCGGUUUUCGAUCAGGGUCAAUAAUCACCACGCCGACGCUGAUGACGCCGGCGUCCCAGGCGGCACCGCCGCGCGCGCGGCGGUCCGUGGUGGCGGAGCUGGAGGGCGCGCUGCUUCGGAGCGCGGACACGCUCCCGUACUUCAUGCUCGUGGCGUUCGAGGCGUCCGGGCUGCCGCGCUUCGCGCUGCUGCUGGCGCUGUGCCCGCUGCUGCGGCUGCUGGAGCUGGCGGGCCGUGGCGGCCUGGCGCUGCGCGCCGCCGCGUUCGUGGCCACCGCGGGGGUGACACGCGCCGAGCUGGAGGCCGUGUCCCGCGCCGUGCUGCCCAAGUUCAUGGCCGACGACGUCGACCCCGCGGCCUGGGCGGCCUUCGGGAGCUGCGAGGGGAGGCGCGUCGUCGUCACGCGGAUGCCCCGCGUCAUGGUCGAGCGCUUCGCCAAGGAGCACCUCGGCGCGCACGCCGUGGUCGGCUCUGACCUCGAGUACAGCCGGCUCAGGCGCUCCACGGGGCUCCUCAAAGGCGCCUGCCAUGAGGCCGUCGCCAGCCGUGCCCGCGCGCUGUUCGCCGGCGACGACCUGCCGGACCUCGCGAUCGCCGGCUCAGAGAUGGCGCGCUCCUUCACAUUCUGCGAGAUCAGCCCGCCGUUCACUGGAGACCACGGGAUGAACGCCGCCCCACCGUUCCGGCCGGUCAUCUUCCACGACGGUCGCCUCGUGUGCCGGCCCACGCCAUUCAUGUCCCUCGUCAUCCUCCUCUGGCUGCCUCUCGGCGUGCUGGUCGCCUUCGUCCGCAUCGCCGUCGGCCUCAUGGUUCCCAUCUGGAGCAUCCCCUACAUCGCGCCGGUCUUCGGCGGCGCCGUGAUCAUUCACGGCCGCGCGCCGCCCCCAGUCAGGCCCAGCGACGCCGCGGACGUCGGCUCGCCGCCCUCGGGGGUCCUCUUCGUCUGCACGCACCGCACGCUCAUGGACCCCGUGGUGCUGGCCACCGUGCUCGGGCGCCGCGUGGCCGCCGUGACAUACUCCAUCUCCCGCCUCUCCGAGAUCCUCUCCCCGAUCCCGACGGUGCGCCUGACGCGAGACCGGGAAGUGGACGCGGCACGCAUGCGCGCCGAGCUGGCCAGUGGCGACGUGGCCGUGUGCCCCGAGGGCACCACGUGCCGGGAGCCCUUCCUGCUCCGCUUCUCCAAGCUCUUCGCGGAGCUCAGCGACAGGAUCGUGCCCGUGGCGAUGAACUACCGCGUGGGGCUCUUCCACCCGACGACGGCGCGCGGGUGGAAAGCCAUGGACCCCAUCUUCUUCUUCAUGAACCCGCGGCCCGUGUACGAGGUGACGUUCCUGAACCAGCUCCCCGCAGAGGCGACGUGCGCGGCGGGGAAGAGCCCCGUUGAUGUAGCCAACUACGUUCAGCGGAUACUCGCUGCCACGCUCGGGUUCGAGUGCACCACCCUCACAAGGAAGGACAAGUACACGGUGCUCGCCGGCAACGACGGCGUCCUGAACGCCAAGCCGGCGGCGGCCGGGAAGCCGGCUUGGCAGAGCCGCGUGAAGGAAGUCCUCGGGUUCCUGCUCCACUAACAAUUACACCUUGCCCAGAUCUGGACUCUGGCACAAAUACUUCGCUCACCGAUUUGUUUGAGUUUAUACUUUGUUACAUUUAUACAUGUACGUAAAAAUAAAACAUGUAGUAGUAAAAUACAGCAGUGAUCAGCCUUUCUUUACAUAAUAAGUACUGUAUAUUGUAUUGUUCUUUAUUUUACAAUUGUUUUGGUGAAUUUUUACUGGGUCCAAUCAAAGAUGAAAGUUGUUCCACAUCUA